GCCCUGUUAAGAUGGACAGGUCUCAGAAACUCAACCCAAAACACCCAGCAGACUGUCUCACGUGCUGCUUCUUUUCUCUCUGGGCAGGUAAAUCACCUUGAAGGAGGGCCUCACAGCCCAGACACAGGCUGAGAGGAAGGCUUGAGGGCCUACCACCCCACCCAGCCCAGGAGGGCCCCACAGUUGGACCUUGCCCCAGCUCUGGGACUUGGCUGAGGAAGACAAAGCUUCAGCGAGCCAGAGAGGAGACACCAAGAGGAGAAAGGACCGGUGCUCACCCAGGCGGCCAGCCUGGCCCCGGCUUCUCCGCCUCCCUGAGGAGAAGCCGCACCAUGCUGGGUCCCCACCUCCCACCUCCACCCCACGGACUCGGCGAAGACAGCUCUACCCCCUCCACCUUCCGGAUCCCUGAUGGCAGCUACAGGUGUCUUGCCUUGGAGGCUGAGGAGAACAGCGGUGGCGAGGAGGGCCUGCAGGGAGAGGCAGGGCUCAUGAACUUAGAGGAGGACAGGGUGGCCAGCAGGAAUGGGGACAACUUGACCUGCAGAGCCACCCAAGGGGCACCAGACCUGCCCAAUGCCCUGGGCAUCCAGCCACCCAGCUGCUCCAGGGAAGCCCAAGGGUGUCCCCAGCAUGAUAACAGUGCCAGCAAGGACUGGGACACGGUGAAGGCUCAGCAGGUGGUGAUAGCCACCCCCCGCCCCAGCGCGGGACCCAGGAUUGCCCAGAAACCAGCAUUGGGCCUGAGCACUAGCCUCACUGAGAGAGAUCUGAAAGAGGCCAAGGCCCGCAGCCAGCAGAUCGCAGCCCAGCUCACCACCCCUCCCAGCUCCAACUCCCGCGGCGUCCAGCUCUUCAACAGGCGCCGGCAGAGGGUGAACGAGUUCACCUUGGAGAACCACAGCCGGAGGGGACAGAAGCCCAGCCAGGAGUCCCUCCAAGCGCCCCCUGCCAGCCCCGCAGGCUAUGCCUCAGGGCUCAGCUUGAGUCCCACCUCACUGCCUGAACCAGGCCCUCCAAGGAACACCAGCAGCCAGAUCCCCGACGUAGGGGUCCCUGUUCAUAGCAUGGAGGGAUGCUCGGAGAAGGCCAAUUUGCUGCGGCACCUGGAGAAGGUGGCCAGCGAGGAGGAGGAGGUACCGCUGGUGGUUUAUUUGAAGGAGAAUGCCGCCCUGCUGACGGCCAAUGGGCUGCACCUGUCCCAGAACCGAGAAGCCCAGCAGAGCCCAGCAAGCCCGCCGACGGCGGAGGUCCACAGCCCGGCUGCAGACGUCAACCAGAACCUGUCCUCACUCAGUGGCACCCUCAUCACGCCGACCUCGAACAGCAACCACAGCCUGCCGGCUGCAGACAUCAAUCAGAACCCGCCGGGCCCUGUCACCCCACAGAGCCCACCGCUCUCAAGCAGCCCACAGCCCUCGGAGGCUCAGCUCCCUCCCAAUGGCACAGUGUCCGAUUCCAAACCCGGUACCCUGUGUUCCGGCGGGCAGCUGCCAGAGCCGGCUGUGGAGGUGAGACCUAGCACGCUCCUGAUUGAUAAGGUGUCAGUGCCACCUACCACCACCAACACCUUCUCCAGACAAACAACUCCCCUCUCCAGCUCCGGGACCCCGGCCCCAGAUUUCAUGUCCAGCUCCCUGCUCAUCGAUUUACGGCCCAGUGCCCCAGCAGCGUCAGCAGAACAAGAGACGUCUGUGUGGGCAGCCACGGCCACUCCCGCCAAGCUCUACAGUGAGGUCCACUUCACGCUGGCCAAGCCCCCAUCAGUGGUCAACAGGACCGCCAGACCCUUCGGGAUCCAGGGUUCAGGAAGCACCAGCCAGAUAGAGCGGAGCCCCAUGGUAGAGAGACGACAUCUCGGAGAGAAGAUCCUGACUCCCCAGCCCCCCAGCAUGGCAGACAGGAGCCCUCGGCCACAGAGACACAUGAUGUCCCAUAGCCCCAUGGUGGAAAGGAGGUCUGUGUCACAGCGAAGCCCAGCCUUGGAGAGACGCCCUUUGGGGAACUUCACCCCACCCCCAACCUAUGCUGAGACCUUGUCCACAGCCCCCCCAGCUUCCCGGGUUAGGUCUCCCCCUUCCUACUCUGCCCUUUACCCCAGCUCUGACCCCAAGCCUUCUCCUCUGAAGGGCCAGGCCGUUCCUGCCAGCAAGACAGGCAUAUUGGAGGAGUCAAUGGCCCGCAGGGGCAGCCGGAAAUCCAUGUUCACCUUCGUGGAGAAGCCCAAGGUGACUCCGAACCCGGACCUGCUGGAUCUUGUGCAGACGGCUGAUGAGAAGCGGAGGCAGAGGGACCAGGGGGAGGCAGGCGUGGAGGAGGAGCCCUUUGCACUGGGGGCUGAGGCCUCCAACUUUCAGCAGGAGUCAGCGCCCCGGGACAGAGCCAGCCCUGCGGCGGCCGAGGAGGUCCUCCCGGAGUGGGCCUCGUGCCUCAAGUCCCCGCGCAUCCAGGCCAAGCCGAAGCCCAAACCCAACCAGAACCUGUCUGAGGCCUCCGGGAAGGGGGCUGAGCUCUACGCCCGCCGCCAGUCCCGGAUGGAGAAGUACGUCAUCGAGUCCUCGGGCCACACCGAACUGGCCCGCUGCCCUUCGCCCACCAUGUCCCUGCCUUCAUCCUGGAAAUAUUCCACCAAUGCUCCUGGCGGCUUCCGAGUGGCAUCCCGGAGCCCAGCUCGGACCCCGCCCGCCUCCCUCUACCAUGGCUACCUGCCCGAGAAUGGGGUCCUGCGCCCCGAGCCCACUAAGCAGCCAGCCUACCAGCUGCGGCCCUCGCUCUUCGUCCUCUCACCCAUCAAGGAGCCUGUCAAGGCCUCGCCGAGAGCCGCCUCUCCUGCCAAGCCGAGCUCCCUGGACCUGGUGCCCAGCCUCCCCAAGGGGGCCCUCCCAGUGUCCCCAGCCCUGCCUCGGGCCUCCCGCUCCUCACCGGGCCUCUACAGCUCCCCCGGCCAGGACGGCCUCCAGCCCACAGCCGUGAGCCCGACCUACAGCAGUGAUAUCUCCCCCGUGUCGCCCUCCAGGGCAUGGUCUCCCCGCGCCAAGCAGGCUCCCAGGCCCUCCUUCUCCACCCGGAAUGCUGGGAUCGAGGCUCAGGACCGCCGGGAGAGCCUGCCCACCUCCCCGCCCUGGACGCCGGGCGCCUCCCGGCCCCCCAGCAGCCUGGACGGCUGGGUGAGCCCGGGGCCGUGGGAACCCGGCCGGGGGAGCAGCAUGAGCAGCCCCCCGCCGCUCCCGCCGCCGCCGCCCAUGUCGCCCUCGUGGAGCGAGCGCUCGGUAUCCCCGCUGCGACCCGAGGCAGAGGCGCGGCCUCCCAGCCGCCAGCUGCAGGCCCUCCUGGCGCGAAACAUCAUCAACGCCGCCCGGCGCAAGAGCGCCUCCCCGCGGCCGGCGGGCGCCGAGACCCUGCGGCCCUUCUCGCCGCCCGGGGCGCAGGCGCAGCCACCGCGGCCGCCGCCGCCGCCACCGCCGCGCCUGCGCUCGCCGCAGCCCACCCGGACCGGCCCCACCGUCGCCGCCGUCCCCGGGGCCACGUUCUCCCCAAUCCCGCGGAGCCCGCUGCCCGCCGGGCCCUCGCCCUGCGCCAGCCCCCGGAGCCCGCUGCCCGCGACGCCCCGGCCUUUCCCCGACCGCCGCUCGCCCACGGACUCCGACCUGUCCCUCGACUCCGAGGACUCCGGGGCUAAGUCGCCCGGCAUCCUUGGCUACAACAUCUGUCCUCGCGGGUGGAACGGCAGCCUGAGGCUCAAGCGUGGCAGCCUCCCCACCGAGGCCUCCUGCACCACCUAAAGCCUCCUCCGCUCUGGUUCCAUCCGCACCCCGGGAGGGCUGGGCCAAAAGAAGAGUUGUGGGCCUUGGUAGAUUCCAGCAUCCCCUGCGAGGGGCGGGUUGGCGGGGCGGGGGGUGUAGGGGGAGGAUGGAGGGUAAGGUCUGGCCGCUUUGGACGAGGGGUCAGGGAAGGAGUGCUCCGAGCUUGGGGCUGGGGUAGUGAUCCAAACUUGGGUGUAGCCCUUAUUCUGUCAUUCAGGCAUUGUGUGACCCUGAGUAAGACCUCUCCUCUGUCCGACCCUCAGCUUUCCUAUCUGUUUAAUGGGACUUUGGCCAAAACCAUCUGCACAGGUCUAAAUUCCCCCUCCCCUCCCAUCAAUACACAUACAGACACGCACACACACCUGCCUCUAAAGAGUCAGGGUGUGGUAUAUAUGGACCCCUAGACUCGCUGCAGUUCAGGGUUCCAUACUCCUCCCUCCCUUCCUGGCUCUGCUGUCUGGAGUCUGGCAAAUGAGGGGUGCUCACAGGAUCCUAAGCCUAAGUUCCCUAUCCAGGCCCUGGCUUGACCAUCCGCCUGCCUGGCACCAAGUCCCAGGCAGGAGCAGCUGUUUUCCACCCGUUCCCAGACAAGCUCUAUUUUUACCAUGAUGACCUUUAGAGAGGGCUUCCAGGCCAGCUCAAGGUGCCCUGGUGGCCCCUUGGGAGAUAAGAGGUGGAAAGAUUCCUCUUCCCAGAUCCUUCUCGUGCUUUUUCAGCCCCCAGCUCAGACUGUUGGGGCCUCUUAUGUGCCGCCAGAGGGGGAGAGCAGGAAGGUAAUGGCUGACAUCCCCGGCCCCAGGACUUGGGCCUCCAGGAAUGCUAUAGGUGCCUCCAACCUACCUAUCUCUCCUGGUCCCUUUCAUGGCAGGUUCCAGGCUCUACGCUGAGCUGGGGAGAGAAGAGUUGAUAGGGAGCUAUCUGCUCUCCUAUGACUUUAACCGGUGGCCCUGAGUAUGAGGUUGCCCACUUGGAAAGGGGGAGGCAAGAGUUCCUUCUUAUGGGAGAUAUUCAAGCAGGAGCCAGGAUGCAUAGAGGAGAUUCUAGUAGGAAAUGGAUUGGCUCAGAUGACCUCUGAGGGUUCUUCCAGUCCUGAAAUGUAUUGCAUGAUGUUAGGGAGGGAGGCAGAUGGUGGUGGAGGAUUGGUUGGGCAGAAGGGCAUGGGUGGGUGAGUGAGGGGUUAGACUAGGGUCUGCCUGUGUUUUUUGUUCCUUAGGAAAUACCCCAUGCUCAAGUUAGGCUCCGGUAUCCAUACCAUGCCCAGAUGGCUGGACACUGUUCUGCCCCAUCUCUUUCCUGUUACACUCUGGCCUAGCUUGUGCCUCGGGCCCAGCGACCCUGAGGAGCCUGGCUGCAGACUGGUCUGUCCGUUAGACCUGUGUGGUUCUCGUUCCAGUCCCCAGGAGGGACAUGGGAGGAAUGCGGCUAAAUUCUAUAGUUUCCAGAGUUGGCUGGUGGUGCCCUCUAGAGGUUCAGAAUAUCAGCUUCAGGGUACUAAGUGCAGAGGAGGGUGGGGGUGGGCCACUGGACUUGGCUGAGGAUCAAAGAGAUGUGGGAGAAAGGAUACCAGGAUGUUGCUAACAGUGAGGGACCAAGUGAGAUUUGGGUAUAGGGGUAGACUUACCCACCUAUCAGGUGAUGCUAGACCUGGAGCUCCUAUGUAAGACUAGGGAAAGUUGGCUUCAGGGUGGGAGAAAGUUGGGUGGGGGUUCUUUAGAAUUAAGGAGUGAUCCCAGAGGGUGCCUAGGGCCUAAGGCUUGGGAACACAGGCCCUGACAGUGGGAAGAUAAGAGAGUGUUCCCGCUUGGUUGAUGAUGAGUGACCAUAUUGAAGUCCCCAUCUGCUUCAGGGUUCCUAGUAGCACGGGAGACUGGGACUAAGGGCCGCUUUAACAGAAGAGACCCUAUCAGGCCACUGGUUAAUAGAGGGGCAUAGAAAAUCCACUUCUGCCUGCAUUUCCCUAAAGAGCCAGCAGGAGGCAGCCCUGGAAAGCUGCAGUUCUGCCUGGCUGGUUUCCCUGUCAUUGCCUCCCCCCCCACCCCCCACCCCCAUCCUCCCCUCUAGCCCACUAGAGACUGCCUGUGUUCUGUCUCUUGCCUCCUGUAGAAUUCAUCUCUGGCCCUCAAUAAAUGCUUCCUGCAUCUUUC